CUUCGGGGGUGCGGAGGGUUUUAUUUCUGCGCACUUGUUUCAAAAUGGCACGUCUGUUCAGUCAUGAGCCAGUGCGGCCGGAGCACACCGGGCCCGAGAGCAGACCCCGCGGCGCCCCCGCAGUUCGCAGUUCUCUGCCCGGCGCAGGAGACGCCGGCGCCCGGUGGUUCGCCCGAGGGCGCUCCCGCAUUCCCGUUUUCCUGGCCGCCCUGGUGUCAGCCUCGGCAGGGGCCGGGCACCCCUUCCGGCCGGCCGGCCGCCCCACUUGGCGGCGCAUCCUGAAGGCCGCUCGGUGCAAACGCGGCCGCUGCAGGGAGGGGCGCUCCAGGGCCGGGAGUGGGGUGGGGGGAGUGGCUCCGGGGCUUCCUGGGUCCGUGCGGGGGUCGGAUGGCCAGAGAGAGUGAGUAGGCGCCGCUGUCCUAAUCUGCCCGGCUGCCCGGCCCUCUGCCCUUCCGCAUCCGGCCCCGGCCCAGUGCCCGGCGCAGGGUCGGACGCCCGGAGCUCGAGAAGGCUGCGCGCAGAGGGCGGGGGUGGCGGGGAGCUGCCGCCUCUCGCCGAGUCCGGGACCCCUGCGUCCGGAAUCCCCCGGCUCAGCCUGCCCACCCCCUCUCCAGCAUUUCCGCCUCCCUCCUCGGGACACCCCUCCCAGGAGGAGCCCACCUGGUGAUGUGCCCGCUCGGGCCCCUCCCGCGCUGAGAGCCCGAGGCGCCGCCCGCCCGCCCGCCAUGUCUCAGAUGCUGCACAUUGAGAUCCCCAACUUCGGGAACACCGUGCUCGGCUGCCUCAACGAGCAGCGCCUGCUGGGCCUCUACUGCGAUGUGUCCAUCGUGGUCAAGGGCCAGGCCUUCAAGGCCCACCGGGCCGUGCUGGCCGCCAGCAGCCUGUACUUCCGCGACCUGUUCAGCGGCAACAGCAAGAGCGCCUUCGAGCUGCCGGGCACCGUGCCGCCCGCCUGCUUCCAGCAGAUCCUGUCCUUCUGCUACACGGGCCGGCUGACCAUGGCGGCCAGCGAGCAGCUCGUGGUCAUGUACACGGCCGGCUUCCUGCAGAUCCAGCACAUCGUGGAGCGCGGCACGGACCUCCUGUUCAAGGUGAGCUCGCCCCACUGCGACUCGCAGACGGCCGUGAUGGAGGACGCCAGCUCUGAGCCCCAGAGCCCCUGCACCCAGCUGCAGCCGGCCGCGCCCGGGCCCCCCUACGUCGUGUCCCCGUCCGUGCCCAUCCCGCUGCUGACCCGCGUGAAGCACGAAGCCGCCGAGCCGCCGCCGCCGGCCUCCGGCCCGGGCCUGGCGCCCAAGCGCCCGCUGGAGUCGGGGCCCCGGGAUGGGGCCGCGGUGGCGGCGGGUGCCGCCGCUGUGGCGUCCGGCGCGGCUCCUCUCAAGCUGCCCCGGGUCUCCUACUACGGGGUGCCCAGCCUGGCCACCCUCAUCCCCAGCAUCCAGCAGGUGCCCUACUCCCAGGGGGAGCGGACCAGCCCGGGGGCCAGCAGCCUGCCCACCACCGACAGCCCCACCUCCUACCACAACGAGGAGGACGAUGACGAUGAGGCCUAUGACACCAUGGUGGAGGAGCAGUACGGCCAGAUGUACGUCAAGGCCGCUGGCAGCUACGCAGUGCCGGAGAAGCCGGAGCCAGUGCCGCUGGAGAGCCGUUCCUGCGUCCUGAUCCGCCGCGACCUCGUGGCCCUGCCGGCCAGCCUCAUCAGCCAGAUCGGGUACCGCUGCCACCCCAAGCUCUACUCGGAGGGGGACCCCGGCGAGAAGCUGGAGCUGGUGGCAGGCUCCGGCGUCUACAUCACGCGCGGCCAGCUGAUGAACUGCCACCUGUGCGCGGGGGUGAAGCACAAGGUGCUGCUCCGCAGGCUCCUCGCCACCUUCUUCGACAGGAACACACUGGCCAACAGCUGUGGCACCGGCAUCCGGUCGUCCACCAGUGACCCGAGCCGCAAGCCGCUGGACAGCCGAGUCCUCAACGCUGUGAAACUGUACUGCCAGAACUUCGCGCCCAGCUUCAAGGAGAGCGAGAUGAACGUGAUCGCGGCGGACAUGUGCACCAACGCCCGCCGCGUCCGGAAGCGCUGGCUGCCCAAGAUCAAGUCCAUGCUGCCCGAGGGCGUGGAGAUGUACCGCACGGUCAUGGGCUCCUCGGCCGCCAGCGUGCCCCUCGACCCCGAGUUCCCGCCCGCCGCGGCGCAGGUGUUCGAUCAGCGCCUGUACGCCGCCGAGCGGCGGGCGGACGCGGCCGCCAUCGUGGCCCUGAGAACUGACGCCGUGAAUGUCGACCUGGGCGCCCCCGCCAACCCCGCCUUCGAAGCGGGCGAAGAGGCGGAGGGGGCCGGCUCCGUGAUCCAGGAGGUGGCGGCGCCCGAGCCGCUGCCCCCCGCCGGCCAGAGCCCCCCGCAGCCCUUCGAGCAGGGCAGCGGCAGCGCCAGCCGGCCGCAGACGCCUGCAGCCCGGAGACCCGAGGGCUCCUACGCGGGGACCUUGUAGAGGGGCCGCCGCGCACGCGCCGGGACCGGUACUAGCUGCUUGCAUGCGUUACUAAUACAGACCAAUGUGAUCAAGCCACUUACCUACUGAACUGCUGUUGCCUGAAAAAAAUGUGAUUUUUAUUCUGCUUGUAUUUAAAAUUUACGAAGGAAACUUGCAUUCGUGACACUGUAAACAGUUAGGCCCCUGGCUGCCGAGUUGCGAGAAAGGCCCCCGGGCCCCCUUUCCCUGCGCGAGGUCAGCCUCCAAGUGUAGCUUCCCCCCCCUUCUCGGGGAGGGUGCGUGAGGCCGACGGGCCCUGGGGCCCCGCCCUGCCCCUGCCCGAGCCGCCCCCUUCCCGCCCCUCUGCCAGGACGAAGCCAGGGGCCCGUGGUGUGGGGACCCCCGUCCUUACCUGUGAGGAACCCGCCCGCCCCUGUGGGGCCACGGCCAGGGCUGGGCCCCCAGGGGCCAAACUCCUUGUUUUUCCUUCUUCCCGAGACCCGGGGUCGGGCCUGCCGGGUCUGCGUGCGAGUGGGGUGUGUGUGUGUGCGAGUGUGUGGGGGGGGCUGUGUGUGGGGAGCAGCGUGGCAGGCGGCGAUGGGUCUUGCCGUCCCCGUGAGCAGGGAGCGGGGGCCCUGGCUGUGCCCAUCCUCCGGCCCCCGCCGCCCCUCGGUGCACCUGGGCCCCCUGGCUCCCGCCCGCUGCCCACGGUCCUGCGGGUGGGGCCGCCCCCCGGGUACCCCGCCCUCCGCCUUGUCGGGAUUGUGUUUGUUCGUUCAUUUGUUUCCGUUUGAAUUCAGAUCCGUUUCAUACAUGGUUUGGAAACUUUCAGACCCAAAAGAGCAAAAAAUUAGGGAGGACUGGGUGUGCUUGCCCCCAGCCUGCUACGGCUUGGGGCAGGUCAUCUGUCUACCACGCCUCCCCCUCCCGGGCCGGGCUUUACUCGCCUCCUGUUGGGGGCAGGGGGUCCCCGGAAGUGCAGAGUGAGCGGUGAGGUGGAGGCCACUGGGGGGCCAGCCUGGCAGGUGGGGGGUCCUGCCUGGUGCGGGCAAGGGGCCAGGCUGGGUUGGCGUGGGGCCCCCCUACUGUGCUCUGACUCUUGGGGUGUGCCCCACUCCGAGGCCGCAGGGGUGAGGGCGGUGGGCACAGGCCUGCGCUGGGGCGGUUGCCGGGGAGCCCAAGGUGGAGGUUCUGGGAGGCGCAGGGCCUGGGGCGGGCAGUGAGGCAGGACCCACAGGAGUUGUUGGUCUGUUUGAGGUUGAAAUGUUCCUUUUGAAGUGUAGCUGCUGGUUUCAGGGUGGUGGUGGGGGGACACGGGUUGUCGGAAGUACUCCUGUAGCCACUUGCCCUGGGUGCUGUGUCGUGUCCAGGGCGACCUGCCUCCCCAGUCCCAGGCAGCCCCGGACGUGGCCAUAGACAUGCCCCCCCUCCCAGCCUGGAAGGGGUUGGAAUGGCGCCGGGCUCUGGCCCUCCGCCUGUGGGUGCACACGGGGCUGGGCAGGCGAGGCUCAGCCCCACUCAGGACCCACAAAGCUGAGCCUCGCCAGCUGCAGGGCCCCGUGGGGGGCCCGUGGGGCAGCCUGGGGUGGGGGGGGUGGGCUCUUUCCCGCUCGCUCCUGCUGCUGCUGCCCUUCCUGUGGGGGGCGGCUGCACGCUGCCUCCUGGCCCCCUCCAGCCAGGGUGGAUGUGGGCCUGGCCUCCAGAAAGACCUGACAAUUUCCGAAAGGAGGUGGGGGGAGGAGCCCAAGGUGGGCACCUGGGAGCCCAUUGCAGCCCCUCUCCCGCUUGGCCCUGCCUGAGUGCAGGGCAGUUCCACGGCCGCGGCUCGGACUGGAGCUGCACACGGGCCGCAAGCUGGCCCAGAGGCGGGCCUCCACCUCUUCCUCCCUGUCGGGGACCGGCCCGCCUGCCCGCCCGCUAGGGACCAGAACUGAGCCCUCCUGGAACUGGGAGGAGCCCAUACUCCCCGGGCACCCACAGGUGGCCUCAGGGCAGGGGAGGUGAUGGUGGGUGAGGUUGACCCCCACCCAUCUCCCAUCUGGAGUUUCCUUGGUCUGCCCCCCCCACCCAAAUUUGCACUUUAAUUUGACCAUCCCUGGGGACCCUCGGGAGACGGGCCCACCCGUCCCGGCUGUGGACCGAAGGGCUCGCUCUGUCUCCCUUCUCCGCUCCAAAGUGGGCGCAGCCACCCACCGGGGCCAGGAGGGGGAGGGGCGCCGCUGGCCCGGCGGGGGCGGCGGCGGCGGCGGCCGCACAGAGAAGGCCUGACCGCCGCGCAGGCCAGCACAAUGUCCCGUGACUUCCGCCCCUUCGUCGUUUGCAACCGCCGUCUGUUUUCGUUGUUCUGGGGAAGGAAGGCAAAGCCCUAGGGGAAACUAAUCAUUAAAUGUGAAUGGGUUCCGAGCUCUCCCGGGCCCCCGGCGGGCCGGGCCGAGCGUUUUGCACUAAAGUGUCCCGCGCGGUGGACGCGGGUCCGGAGCGUUUGCGGGCGGGCGUGGCUGAUGAUUGUACGUGCCGGGGCGUCCCUCCGAGGCCCCGACGUUCCGCGGGGCGGGCGGCGGCGGCCUGGCUCGGGGGCCUUCCAGAGUGCCUUAGCAUCUUUUGAUCAUUUUUUCCCAAGGAAAACCGAUUACGAACACCGGACCCUCCCCCCUCCUCUGUUUACAAGACGACUAACCCCUGUCCCGUCAGCGUGACCCCGACCCCCAGACCCUGUAGCUGGAGAGACGAGCCACUCAGUAUUUAUGAGAUGUGUGCACCUUUAUCCCUGAGCUUGACUACUAGCAAUAUGCAUAUACUACAUAGAGUCCUAUAUAGAGCUAAGUCGUAGCGGCGCCGCGUCGAGGGGGAGGAGCGAAGGGACUGAAGGCGUGGCGCCGGCGUGGCGCCGGUCCGGGCUCCGGCCGCCGCCCCGCCCCCCUGCAGGAGGCGGCUGGGAUGGAGUGCAAAAGGUCCCGGGGAAGGGACCCUCGAAGUGACAGAUACUGUGAGCUGGGGCGGGGCCCGCCCGCCUGGCCGGCGUGCCUGGGUACUUGAAUUCUGUCUUGUUUUCUGCACUGUGUCUGGCCUCGCCCAGAGUUCUCUGUGGUCACUUAACUUUGCAUUGGAUUCGAUUUGUCUCGCCUUGCCCUGACCGUGGACGCAGCUGUGGACCAGAGGCAAGGGGGAGAGGCUGCGGGUGGGAGCCUGCUGCCCCUUCCCCGGCUGUCCCGUGUGGGUGGGAGCCCCGCCUAGUUCUCCUCCAGGGUCGUCUGUCCGGUCUGUGUCUGUGUUCGGAGCCAGGAGGAGGGCGGCGGCGGCGGGAGACUGUGCAGGGACUCGGGUGUGCGCGGCCCGGGGCGGCCCCCCCGGCCGGUUCCUGCUCAGAUCCUCCUCUAGACGGGUUAUUUGGGGGGAAGCAUCUUGCUGCAGGAGAGAAAGGCCAGUGAGCCAUAAACCAACGGAAAACGAGAAAGCCCGUUUGCCUCUGCCGGCAGUAACCGGCCCGCAGAGCCGCGGGCCCUCGCUGCCUGCCUGGGGCUUGAACUGCUGUUUCAAACACCGCUGCCGCUGCCGCCACCCGUCAUGGCGCCGGCCGGCCGGUGGGAGCCCUGGGACCGGCAGGGCUCCGGACAAGGUGUUUUCUAACAUGGCGACAACAUGUUGGUUGUUUUGUUUGUUUGUUGUGUUUCUUUGGGGGAAAAAAAAAACGAGAAGGAAAAUUAUGCAGAAAUCUAACGCUUUCAGAUUGGACAGCCUGCUCGAAUUCUGAUCGGUCGCUUCGUUGUUAGCGUUUUGCACAUGACUGUAAUUUUUAUGUCAACAGAAGCCAAAACUCGCAAUACUAUUUUUAGCAGACACACACACACACAAAAGAAAAACUAAAUAUAAAAAUGUAUAAAUAUUUUUGACUUGAACAUUUGGCCGACACUGGGCGCAAACAGACCAUCCGUCCCCCGGACGGGGUGUUUGGGGAGAGGACUUCUCCAGGAGACGGUGGUGGUGAGGUCGGAGGGAGGGGCGGGCAGCACUGUAACUCAUGACUGUUAAAAACAAAUAAAGAAGUACGUAAACCGUUCCUGGGCUGUAGAAAGGUUGGUUUCCCGUGCCACUGCGUUUGAUUUCAGCCACGGAAGAUGCUAGCUGGUUUCUUUUUUCUUUCUUUUUUUUUCAAGGAGGAGGAAACCUUUGUUCUCGCUGCGUCUCAGUCUCGGGGCUGCUCCGCAGCGGAGCCCAGACUCUCGCCGCGCCGGUCACUCAGCCUCCAGACUCGUCUGCCGCCGCGACCGGGACUGGGGUUCCCGGCGCGCGCGCGCACAUGCGCAGAGCCGCCUCGGGAGGUGGGAAUCCGUUACAGACAGACAAAAGAACACGACUGUUCGUUGUAAAGCGCUUUGUAAAGUUCACAUUUACAGAACAAUAAAGUCAGUUCAAACCCGA